AUGAGUAUGCUAAAACCAAGCAGGCUUAAGGCCCCCACCAACAUCCUGAAGCCUGGAAGCACAGCCUUGAAGACACCUGCUGCUGCAUGCAGUGAAAAAACCUCAAGCACUCCGUCCUCUGAGACACAAGAGGAGUUUGUGGAUGACUUCCAAGUUGGGGAGCGAGUUUGGGUGAACGGGAAUAAGCCUGGGUUUAUCCAGUUCCUGGGAGAAACCCAGUUUGCACCAGGCCAGUGGGCCGGGAUCAUUUUAGAUGAACCCAUCGGCAAGAACGACGGCUCGGUGGCAGGAGCUCGGUAUUUCCAGUGUGAGCCUCUGAAGGGCAUAUUCACCCGGCCUUCAAAGCUGACGAGGGAGGCGCGGGCCGGGGCUGAAGAUGACGGCCCGCAGACGACUCCCGCUGCCAGGGCCCCUUCGCCUCCGUCCACUUCGGCAGUCAGCAUUGCGUCUUCGUCCCCAGCCACCCCCUCACAUAUUCCCCGCAGAUUGUCCCAACCAACUGCAAAGGAACCUUCAGCUACAUCUCAGAUCAGCAACCUUACGAAAACGGCCAGCAAAUCUGUCUCCAGCCUAUUAGAGGCCGGCUCAAUCAAGAAAGGAGAGAGAGGACUCAAAGUCGGAGACCGAGUAUUGGUUGGUGGCACGAAGGCUGGUGUAGUCCGGUUUCUUGGGGAGACAGACUUUGCCAAGGGGGAGUGGUGCGGCGUGGAGUUGGAUGAACCUCUGGGGAAGAAUGACGGGGCUGUUUCUGGAACAAGGUAUUUUCAGUGUCAACCCAAAUAUGGACUGUUUGCUCCAAUCCACAAAGUCACCAAGAUUGGCUUCCCCUCCACCACGCCAGCCAAAGCCAAGGCCGCGGCGGUGAGGCGAGUGAUGGCAACCACGCCCGCCAGCAUGAAGCGCAGCCCGUCUGCCUCCUCUCUCAGCUCCAUGAGCUCCGUGGCCUCCUCUGUGAGCAGCAAGCCCAGCCGGACAGGACUGUUGACCGAAACCUCCUCCCGUUACGCCAGGAAGAUCUCCGGCACCACCGCCCUCCAGGAGGCCCUGAAGGAGAAGCAGCAGCAUAUUGAGCAGCUGCUGGCCGAACGAGAUCUAGAGAGGGCGGAGGUGGCCAAGGCCAUGAGCCACGUCGGGCAGAUAGAGCAGGAGCUCGCCCUGGCCCGGGACGGACAUGACCAGCACGUCCUGGAGUUGGAGGCCAAGAUGGACCAGCUUAGAACGAUGGUGGAAGCUGCCGACCGGGAGAAGGUGGAACUUCUCAACCAACUUGAAGAGGAGAAAAGGAAGGUUGAGGACCUUCAGUUCCGGAUUGAAGAAGAAUCAAUUACUAAGGGCGAUCUUGAGACGCAGACCAAACUGGAGCAUGCCCGCAUUAAGGAGCUUGAACAGAGCCUGCUCUUUGAAAAGACCAAAGCUGACAAACUCCAGAGGGAGUUAGAAGACACUAGGAAAAUCCACACAAUGCAACAGUCCCUGGUGCUGGAGAAAGAAGCCAGGACGCAGGACCAAGAGUCCUCCUUGUACGAGAGCAACAAGCUCCACAGGAGGGUGGCGCUUCUGGAGCAGGAGGUGGAGAAGCUGAGAGCCUGCACCCAGGAGCUCCAGUCCGAAAACUGCACGCUCAUCCAAGAUAAGACCAACUCAGAGCAGAGAAUGGCUGAUAUCACCAAGGAGAAGGAACUCCUGAGUGCAGAGACAGCGCGUCUGGCUGCCAACAUAGAGACUCUGAAAACUGACUUUGCUGCCUUGUCCAAGUCCAAGUUGGAACUGCAGGAACUGCACAACUGCCUCACCAAGAUGCUGGAUGACCUGCAGCUGAAUCACGAGGUAACCCUGGCCGAGCAGGCCAAGGUGACGCAGGACAACAGGAACCUCCUGGCCGAGAAAAGAGAGAUGAUGCUGGAAAAGGACGAGCUCCUGAAGGAGAAGGAGAAGCUGGCCGAAAGCUACUUCUUCCUCCAGCAAGAGAUCAACCAGCUGUCCAAAACCAACAGCCACAUCUUAGCCAACCUCCUGGAGUCUCAAAACGAAAACCGUAUUUUGAGGAAAGACAAGAGCAAGCUCACUCUAAAAAUCAGAGAGCUCGAGACUCUGCAGUCCUUAACGGCCACUCAAACCACUGGAGAUGCCAUGCAGAUAAGGGAACAGAUGACCAAAGAGGAGACCGAAAUGCUGGCCUCCUUGGAAGAUUCCAGGCAAACAGAUGAAAAACUGAAGAAUGAAUUGGAUACACUUAAAGAAAACAACUUGAAAAACGUGGAAGAGCUGAACAAAUCAAAAGAGCUUCUGAUGGUAGAGAGCCAAAAAAUAGAAGAAUUAAAGAAAGAAAUAGAAACCCUAAGGCAGGCAGCAGCUGAGAAGUCCCAGCAGCUCUCAGCGCUGCAAGAAGAGAACGUGAAACUUAACGAGGAGCUGGAGAGGAGCAGGGACGAAGUCACCAGUCACCAAAAGCUGGAAGAAGAGAGAUCUGUACUCAAUAAUCAGUUGUUAGAAAUGAAAAAGAGAGAAUCCAAGUUAAUAAAAGACGCAGAUGAAGAAAAAGCUUCCUUGCAGAAAUCCAUCAGUUUCACUAGUGCCUUACUCACAGAAAAGGAUGCGGAGCUGGAAAAGCUAAGAAAUGAGGUCACGGUGCUCAGGGGAGAGAACGCGUCCGCCAAGUCCUUGCAUUCAGUUGUUGAGUCUCUAGAGACUGAUAAGGUGAAGCUUGAGCUCAAGGUAAAGAACUUGGAGCUUCAACUCAAAGAAAACAAGAUGCAGCUCAGCAGCUCCUCAGGUAACAUUGGCUUCCUCAAUUCAGUAAUAGUAGACCUUCUGAGCAAGAAUCAGGACCUCCAGAUGAAGGUGGAGAUGAUGUCAGAAGCAGCCUUGAACGGGGACGGGGAUGACCUGAACAAUUACGACAGCGAUGACCAGGAAAAACAGUCCAAGAAGAAACCCCGCCUCUUCUGUGACAUAUGUGACUGCUUUGAUCUGCAUGACACAGAGGAUUGUCCCACCCAGUCCCAGAUGUCUGAGGACCCUCCCCACUCUGCACACCACGGCAGUCGGAGCGAGGAACGCCCAUACUGUGAAAUCUGCGAGAUGUUUGGGCACUGGGCUACCAACUGCAAUGAUGAGGAGACCUUCUGA